CGACAUAAAGAAUGAAGAUGUUUGCCUGGAUGAUAUUGUGCGUUGUGUCUUAUGCCAUAUAUGGAGAUGCCGUGGAGAUAUUGGAUUAUGAUAAGCUGUUCGGUUUGAGCGACAAGAUCAAUGAACAAAAAUAUAUUUGCGCUGAUAUCGUAUUUGCCGUAGACACUUCAUGUAGUGUAAGAGACAAAGAUAAAAAGAAGAUGGUGACCAUUGUUGAAAAUGUAGUGAAAGGAGCCAAAGUAAACGAAAAGAUUACAAGGUUUGGUCUUGUACUAUUUGACCUUGGAGCAAGGAAAUACUUUGGCCUCAAUGAUUUUGAGACCACAGAGGAGAUUCUCGAAAAAUUGGCAGAGUUGAAAGCUAAUGUUGAAACAGCGCACGAGGGUUGCAGGGCGACAUAUACAUGGGAGGCAUUGGAAUUGGUGCGGAAUGACGAGGAUUUACUAGGCAAUAUGUCACGGUAUGAUAGCCUGACUGGGAAAGAACGAAAGCGGGUGCUCGUUCUAAUGACAGAUGGAGAACCAUUUAAAUCAAAAAAGAGUAAGCUGAAAAUGGGGCGACGUACCAUAGAAAUGGGUCGACUCAAUGACUUGGCGAAUAUAACAACCAUGGUGGUACACGUUCCAAGAAAGGGUGUUCUGAAACCUAUUGCACUUUUGGACGAUCUUGUUACAAAACUGAGGUGGAAGUAUGAAGUCGGCAAAGGCACAAACUUGGAAGAUGUGGGCUCAUUUUUCUUCCAUCAGUUGGUGUUAAUGAGUCCCUGUGAUUAUAGAUGUACAGCUGAGAUUGACCUUUGCUUUGUAUUGGAUCGCAGUAAUAGUAUCAGGAUCAAGGAUAUCAAGAAAGCAAAAGAAUUCUUCCAAGAUUUGGGAAACUCAUUCUUGGUUGAGUUCGAUGAAAACAGCAAGGAAUUCACACAGGCUAUGAUUGGUGUGAGCAGCUACAAUGAAUUAGCAUAUCAACAUUCAUCGGGACCUGAUUGCAAAGAUAACAAAUGCGUUUGGGAUGUCAUUGGCGGCAUCCCAGAUGAACACAAGGAAUUUACUGAAACUGAUGAUGCUCUCGAAAAUGUUUUAUGGACUUGUUUAGCUGCAAGUAGCACGAGGGGAAGGGGUGUACCAAAGGUUGUUAUUUUAGCUACUGACGGGAACACUUGGGAGAAAGGAGCACUAUCAAUUAACUCUCGGCCUACUAUUGAAAUGGCUAACCUACUCCGAGAAAAAGGGAUUGAUACUGAACUUAUUGGACUUCCCAAUUACGAGGAACGAGUUGGCAUCGAAGAAUGGCAGAAUACGGCAAGUCACUUCGUAUUUGAUUUGCGCAACGGCACGGGGCCUGGUUGGAGCGUUGAUUUCGAAGACCUCAAGGCCAUCACGGGAACUGUUGCAAGAAAAAUAUGCGAUCAGUAUUCAAAUGAAUUUCAUUUGGAGAUUGAACUACACCCAAAGAAUUUCACGAUGAAGAUUGUGUGGUUACUACUUUCCCUGCUUGCUCACAUGGUGGUAGUGUAUGGUGAUGUUGAAAUCUUUGACUAUGACAGACUGUUCGGUUUGAGCGAUAAAAUAGAAGAGCAAAAAUAUAUAUGCGCAGAUAUCGUUUUUGCUAUUGACAUUUCGUGCAGUGUCAAAACCAAGGAUAAAAAGAAGAUGGUGACAAUUGUGGAAAAUGUAGUGAGUGGGACGAAAGUAAACGAAAAGAUCACAAGGUUUGGUCUUGUGUUAUUUGACAUGGGGGCGAGAAAACGAUUUGGCGUAUCCAAUAAUUUCGGAAAUGCAGAUGAAAUUCUGGGAUUGUUGGCAGACCUUAAAAUCAAUAUAAAAGACGCUCAUGAAGGAUGUAAGACGCACACAUGGAAAGCCUUAGAAUUAGUGCGAACUGACGAGGACUUACUUGGCAGCGUAUCAAGAUAUGACACAGAAACUGGAAGAGAGCGAAAGAGGGUGUUGAUUCUCAUGACAGACGGAGUGCCUUUUGAUAGCAAGAAUAACCGUGAAGAAAUGGCUGACCUCACGAAAGAAAUGGGAAAACUUAAUAACUUGGCGAAUAUAACAACUUUUGUCAUACAUGUUCCCAAAGACGGUAAACUGGAGCCUAUUCCUCUUUUGGAUGACCUGGUUUCCAGAAUGAGAUGGAAAAUUGAGGUAGGCAAUCGCACGGAUUUGGAAGAUGUUGGACAUUACUUCUUCGAUGAAUUGGUUUUACUCAGCCCCUGUGAUUAUAGAUGUACUGAAAAAAUUGACAUUUGCCUCGUGAUGGACCGCAGUGACAGUAUUGAAGUAAAGAAUAUAAAGUUAACGAAGGAAUUUUUCAAAGACUUGGCUGAUUCUUUCAUCGUUACAUAUGAUAAAUCAAACAAAAGGUUCACCAGCGCUAUGAUUGGCGUGAGUAGCUACAACCAAGACGUCUAUCAACAUUCCCUUGGCACUAAAUGCAAGGACAAUGCAUGCGUUCGUGAUGCUAUUGACACAGUUCCAGAUGAGCACAAUACAUUUACAGAGACUGAUGAUGCACUCGCAAAUGUUGCAUCAAAAUGUUUAGCCCCAUAUGUCACAAGGCCUGAUAUACCUAAGGUAGCUAUUUUAGCUACUGAUGGAAACACGUGGGAAACUAACGCCUUGUCUAUCAACUCCCGCCCUACUAUUCAAAUUGCAAAGAAACUCCGCGACCAAGGUAUUGAUAUUGAAGUCAUUGGACUUCCAAAUUACAGAGAAGUUGUUGGAAUCGAUGAGUGGCAAAAAACAGCGAGCCACUUUGUGUUCGAUAUGCGUAACGGCACGGGGCCUGGUUGGAGUGUUAGUUUUGAGGACGUAAAGGCCAUCACGGGAACUGUAGCAAGGAAAAUAUGCGAGCUAUAUACAGAGGAACAGACAAACGAAGUAUAGGCGAUGCAUUUCUCAAGAAACAACCCAAUUUGAUUAUAUUACACAUAAACAAAUACGUUUUCAAAUAAAUUUGUUUUUCGUUAUCACCCAAACUUUGUCCUUAUUAGCGAGUGGUUCUGAUUCUGUAAUCUAUAAGUUUGUC